AUGACGGGACUCAAAGACUUUUUGAAUAACUUUGAUUGGACAAAUUUUUACACGGAUUCUGAUGUUCUUGAAAUGACCAAAUAUUUCAUUAAAACAAUAUCUGAUGCAGUUGCGUCGAAUACGGUCAAGAUCGUUCAGAACAGAAAACUCGUUAAGAGAAAAAAAUGGAUUACACCUGGAAUCAUGAAUUCGAUUUCCCGCAGGGACCGGUUAUAUCAAUUGUUGAAAAAACAACCGAACGACAAUAUGUUGAGGCAAAAUUUCGUAUCAUAUAGAAAUAUUUUGAACCGUCUGAUCAAGAAAUCGAAAGAUGCCUACCAUAGGGAACAAAUAGAAAAAAAUAAAAGUAAUUCGGAAAAGUUAUGGGAAAUCAUAAACGAAGUUGGUCCAGUAAGUAGGGAAAAAAACGCGGUUACCAUAAAAAAAGUAUUUAACUCUACAGGUCGGCUAACUGAAAGUACUUUUGAAAUAGCUGAAACUUUCGUUGAAUUUUUUACGAAUGUAGGUCCUAAUCUCAGAGCUCAAAUAGUUAAACCUGAAUCUGCGCCUCCAAAGAGAGUCAUAAAUGAACACUCCUUGUUUCUCAGCCCCACUAAUGAGAAAGAAAUAUUAAAUAUAAUUAGUUCUUUAAAAAACCAUAAGUCACCUGGAGUAGAUAAUAUGACCGCCGAUACACUGAAGGAGAUAUCCACUGAGAUAGCUUCACCUCUUUCAUUUCUUAUGAACAAAAUACUGGAAACAGGUAUAUGCCCCCCGGAGUUCAAGAUCACCAUUAUCAAGCCUGUAUUCAAAAGAGGUGAUAGGGAAAUCGUGUCUAAUUAUCGACCCAUAUCUCUCAUAACAAAUUUUACUGAAAUUUUCGAGAAGAUAAUUAAAGUGAGAAUAGAGUCAUUCAUCAGAAAAUAUAAUCUUAUCUCAGGGAGGCAAUACGGUUUCCAAGCUGGACUAUCCUCGGAGGACGCUAUCUCUGCGCUAACACGGAAAAUGUAUGAUGCCUUAGAUAAGGGACAACCUUCCCUGUGUAUGUUUGUCGAUCUUGCUAAGGCUUUCGACACUGUAGAUCACUCGCAGCUGUUGGGGUCUUGGAGGAUUUUGGCUUUCGUGGCGAAGUUCUUGGACUCUUUGAGAGUUACCUUAGCAGUCGUCAGCAGUUGGUUCAGAUCGGAGACCAGAGAAGAGAAACUAGGUUCGUUAAAUGCGGUGUGCCUCAGGGUACCAUUCUUGGUCCUGUUCUUUUUAUUAAUUAUGUGA